AUGGCCGCCGUGUCGUCGUCGCUCGACGGCGCACCGGUCCCAAGUAUCGUCGCCGCCGGUCUCCUCAUGGGCCUCGUGCACGUCCUCACGGGACCCGACCACCUCAGUGCGCUCAUUGUCCUCAGCGCCGGCUCCUCGUGGCGCUCGUGCCAACUCGGCCUGCGCUGGGGCUGCGGCCACUCGACGGGCCUCGUCGUCGUGACCGCCUGUUUCCUCGCGCUCGGGCAGCACGUGAACGUCAACGCGUUCGGCACCGACUGCGACUUCCUCGUCGGGUUCCUCAUGAUAGGGCUCGGGCUCUGGAGCCUGCGCCACUACCUGCUGCUGCGCCACCAGCUGUUGCAGCAACCGCCGCCGCCGCUGGCAGAAGCGACGUGGCUCCUGCGACAGGACGUCGAGCGCCCAUUGGUCGACGCAGCGCAAACGAACGACACAGACGGGGCGACGCACGAGACGGGCCCGUCGCCCGCGUGGAACAAGUCGCCCCGUCUGACGGCGCGCGAUGGACGACACGACGACAACGACGACGACACGACGACGACGACAGCUCCUGCUGCAACCCGUUGCUGCUGUGGCCUCGUGCAGGCGGACAUUAAGAACCCGCGGACGCAGCAGCUCACGGCGUUCGCCUACGGGACGGCGCACGGCCUCGCGGGCACGGGCGGAGUGCUCGGCGUGCUGCCCGCUGUGAUCCUCAACGACUGGACCAAGUCGUCGGCGUACCUCGGCGCCUUUUGCCUGUCGUCGAUCGCGACCAUGGGCGCCUUUGCAGCGCUCUAUGGAGAGGUCACGGGCCGCGUGAGCCGCGUGUCGGCCGCGUCGCUCGUCCGCAUUGGCGUCUUUUCGUCCUGUGUGUCGCUCGGGGUCGGCGUCAUGUGGGUCGCGCUGGUGCUCACGGGCACGUUGGACGAGGUGUUUGGGUAA